AUGACCAUCCAGCCCUGGGAAGUCAAGGCAUCCAUUGCGAGGACGAAGAGGGAUGAUUCGCUGGGCCGAGUUGACCCCCCUCUUCAGGGUUUACCAGACUCUCUGCCGCUCAACUCACAGGAACUGCCAAACGCCAUUCUAACCCCCAAGGAGCUGGAGAUCACCGAGAAAUACACAGCUACAGAGCUACUGGCUAAGUUGAGGGGCAGGGAGCUUUCUGCUGAAGAAGUCACUAGAGCAUUCCUUCGACGCGCUGCUGUGGCACAUUUCGCUACGAAUUGCCUCACAGAGUUACUCUGGGACGAAGCCAUCGCCCGAGCACGUUAUCUUGACUCCUUACCCGAGCCUCUGGGGCCGCUUCAUGGAUUACCUAUCUCUACGAAGGAACAUCACGGCAGCAAAUCGCCAAAUGGAACUGCCAAUGCAUCCUAUGUCGCAUGGAUCGACAAGCCCCAGGGUUCCCCGAUGCUCUAUGAUAUCCUCUGGGAUGCUGGGUGUGUCUUCUACGCUCGCACGACUCAACCGCAGACUAUCAUGCAUCUAGAAACGAGUAGCAAUAUUUACGGACGCACGGUCAACCCUUAUAAUCGGGACUUGACUCCUGGUGGGAGCAGUGGGGGCGAAGGGGCUUUGAUUGGAAUGCGUGGGAGUCUCCUGGGUAUUGGUGGUGAUAUUGGUGGAAGUAUUCGCUGUCCGGCCGCGCAUACCGGCAUCUAUGGAUUCAAAGCAACCUUGAAGCGCGUUCCAUCAGGUGGUCAAAGAGCCCACAUGGUCGGAAAGGAAGCCAUCAUGUCCACGCUAGGCCCCAUGGCUACGGACCGUGACACACUCGAACUUUUCAUGAAAGUCAUUUUGUCCACGAAACCAUGGCGUCUGGACCCAUCCUUGACGGCUAAAGACUGGACUCCCUACAAAUUCACGAGGCCGCUGAAGAUUGCAGUGCAAUGGUGGGAUGGCGUUGUGAUGCCCCAUCCCCCCAUGAUUCGAGCCCUAAAGGAAGUCUCCGAGGCGUGCAAAGCGGCAGGUAUGGAGGUAGUCGACUGGGAUUGUGGACCACUGGAUCAUCGCAAAGGAUGGGAGAUAACAGCAGCGCUAUAUUGGCCAGACGGCGGCGAGGAAGUCCUCGGCCUUAUCGAGGAAGCUGGUGAGCCCAUCCUGCCACUGACAAAGUUCAUCAUUCAUGAACAGCCGUCAGUGAAGAAGCUGGAUCAGCACGGGUUAUGGAAGCUCUGUGCCGAAAGAGACGCCUACCGCGCAGCAUACGCCAAAUACUGGACCAGCACCGGCAAGGCCGAUGGCAGGGAAGUCGACGUUAUCUUGUGCCCGCCAUCAUUUGGCGCAGCAACACCACACGAACAAUCGCGCUACUGGGGCUACACUUCCCACUGGAACCUACUUGACUACCCUGGCGUCGUAUUCCCCGUCACAACGGUCGACCCGGAGAAGGAUAAGAAGGAUCUGGACUAUGAACCGAAGAAUGCAGAAGAUCAGUUCGUCUAUGAUAUGUACUCGCCGGAAAGAUAUAAGGAUGCGCCGGUCAGCUUGCAGAUCAUUGGACGGAGGCAUUACGAUGAGAAGGUCAUUGCUGCUUUGACGGAGAUUGAGCGCGCUAUGGGGAGGAAGUGA